AUGAGCGACGACGACGGUGACGACGCGUACCAUUUGCGCACGUUUGCGCGUGACGUGGCGGUGCCGCAGUGCUGUCUGUACAAGCCGACCGUCGAGCGCAACCCGACGGCGAAGCUCGGAAGUAUCGUCGUGCCCUCGUGGCCGCUGUCGACCGAGACGCUCGCGGCGCUGUCGACCAGAUUCGCUGGCCGCGUCCCAGCCAAGGACGUAGUCUUCCGCGGCUUCCACACGAUACCCAGGCAUGCGUUCCUGUUUGAAUCCUCCAUCCUCGGCCAACUCGACCCGGAGCAAGACGAGGACGAUGAUAAGCUCGAGUUCAGCAUGACGCUGGCGCAUUUCGCGAUCGAUUUGACCGGCGACGCAUCGACGUUGACGCCAACAACCCAACCGCCUCCCCAUACCUUUGCGACGGUCGUGUACUUUUUUCCGUCAACCUGCGUCGGCGGCGCCGUCACGAUCGCACACGGCCACCGGACGACGACGUUCGAGGCGCUCGACGGGUGCUUUCUCUCGUUCUACAGCACGUGUGACGUGGCCGUCGCGCCCAUCACGUCCGAACACCGGUCUUUCGCCGUGUACUACGCCGCGUACAUCCUGGACGACUACGACUCGGACUAUAGCUACGGGCCCACGCCCAAGUUUGCGCCGCCGCCACUGCCGUCGAUCCAAGAGCUCCAGGCCGCCGCUCGCGGCUACGAUCGUUAUAACGCCAUUGCGGUCACGAUCCGGCUCGAGACGCGCAGCUUGAUGCCGACGUUUGAUACGCUCAUGGGGCAUGACAAGGCGGUCGUCGACCAGCUACUCGCAGCCGACGUCUUUGACAUUGCACUUGUGCGGGCGGGCGACAACGACGAGAACAAUGGCAUUCCGGCGCUACCGGAGACGUUUCAUCCGCUAUGCAAGACCCCGGCGCUCGUCCAAGAGGUCUACCACCAGACGCCAAUCCACGAGGUUGCCGCCGACCUCGACAAGUACGAGUCGUCCAGCUGCUUCCUUCUCGUGUGGCCCGUGGCAAAUCGCGUGCGCAUUUUGGGCUACGACCGCACGAUCACGCUCUUGCGCGCCGACUUGGACGGUGACGUCGUUGACGACCUCGGCUACGGGUCGCUCCGCGGCAUCUUUGAAGCCGCCUUUCGUUGCUUCUAUCCGCAGCCCCGAAACAACAACUAUGGCAUCAACCCACCGCAAGGCACGUACGCGAUGGCAUCCUUACUCUACGACCAUGGAGACGUGGGGCUCAUUGAGAUGUUCCUGGACGUUCACGAUCAUUGGGCCGACGACGAAAACAUGGCGCAUUGGCUCCUCGCGGUGCUCCGACGCUUUGGCGCGUCUAUUUUCCAACAUCGACUCCAAACGGUCAAGGUCUCAAAUGCUUUUGUGGCUCAAUUGGUGCAUCUCGCGACCGCCGGCGACAGACUCGCGCAGACGAUCGCAUGCGACUGCAUUCCGCUGUGGUGGCCUCGCUUGCUGAACAAACUCACGGCGGGCUACUGUUCCGAGAAGAAGAAAGGGCUGUGUUAUGUGUUUGACAUUGAAUCGUACCUGCUCGAGCACCCGAUUCACGCGGCGGCGUCGACGCACCUCCGUCAGCACUUGCCCGAUGUUCUCGUGCGCAAGGUAGCGGCGUAUCUCACGCCGCCGCUCACGUCGCUUCUGGAGACUGUCCGAACUGACAAGUGUCUCGUUCACAACCUCCCGGCCGUCCUUUGGCCACGGCGCAACGCUCUGUGCAGCGUGCGCCUCACCACGUGCAUUGACGUCGCUGUCGAGUACAUGCGCUCGGGCACCGAGCGCGCUCGAUGCUACAACGGCCACGUACUCUAUCUGGCGCUGCUGACCGCCGGGACACCAGCGUUCGCUGUCGUCGACGCCGACGCGCAGACGCGGCGACGUUGCUUUGAUUUCAAAGGCGAGUGCGUGGCGCUGGACACGUCGACGUUGACGCCGAUGCAAGCGCUCGUCUUGGAAGAGUACCUGCGACGUCCAACGUACGGGUGUGCGUAG